GGACUAUCAGACGAGGGGCCGCACAGAUUUAAUAAUACUCUAUUGUGACAUACGUGGAUUCCAUUAGUACCAAUAUGGCCAUUGCAAUCGGUCGGUCUUGAUAAACUUCUACACUAUCAUCAAGACACCAAACACCAAGACACGAAGAUGAGCUCGACAAAAAGCGACGUUUCUCCUGACCUAUAUCAUAUUGUCUUAUCGACCACUCAUAUCAGUAAAGACCCGAAUAACAUCAUUGAAAAGGUCCGCAUCCCGGGCACGUACACAUCGCUGCGGGCAGCCAAGGCAGCCGCGCACAGCUGCCUUUUUGAUGCCGGGUACGAGAGGGAAUUCUUUACCCAGUACGAAACCAACAAAGAUGUAUUCGAAGAUCGCAAUCUCUCAGACCGACAGGGGCUCGUUGUUUUUGCAGUAGCCUCAGACGGUACCACGUUCCGGGUCCGCAUUGACACGACGGCAAAUAACAUGCGAUUGAUCACGGAUUAUGAGGAUGGUCGGAUUCCCAUCCCUCUCUAUUAUAUCAUACAAACCACGUUUAUAUAUAAUGGAGAAAAGGAAGUGAGCAAGGUGCGAGACCUGAAUGUUCUAGGUGCCUAUGUCGAUUAUCAGGAGGCGAGAAAAUUAGCCGAGCGUAUCUUACUCUCGGAGGAGGAUGGCCUGAGCAAAGAAAGUUAUGAGGCAUAUUAUGAGGCAUCGCCUGAUGACACAGACUGUGGAUAUGGCGAGAACGUAGUUGUGCAUGCGGUGAGCCAGUAUGGUGAAAAUUAUUCAAUCAGUGUGAUCCAGACAAAAAGGCUGGAAAAUGUCGCUUUGGCGGAAGCAUCCAUGCGAAUUAUGUGGAAUCGUAUUUGCUUCAUUUUGGUUAUCACGUUGAAGCUUUGCAUGUCUUCUUUUCCUCAUUGCUCUUCUCUUUUUCUCAUUUUUCCGCCGACGUUUUAUCCUAUGUGAUGCAGGCCUAUGACGUCCAGUUGUCUAUUUACUUAUCUUACACUUUUUAACCCAAAUGUACGGGAUAGGAUAAGUUGUCGAAUCCUGAAGGAACUAUACUAAAUGGAAAGCUAUAUAUAUCCUCAACUGGACGUUCAAUAAGUACAAUAGAAUCUCGCGAAUGCCAUGCACAA